UACGCAUACGCAACGCAGGGAAGAAAAGAGCCACAUACGUGAAAAUUUGGUCAGGAAGAAAAUAGAGGAAAAUGUGAAGGGGAAACACGAAAGCAAUGGGCGUUGAAAGCGGUUUCCCUCGAAACAUUUAAUUAAUUUCUUCUUAAAUAAUCUCAGAAUCUGUAACCUUUCCCCCCGUCCCGUGUUUUUGGAUCUUCGCUGCAGACUCUACUGGUUAAUUCUCCGAUGAGCUCAGCCUUUUAGGUCUGAAUUGGAUAGUCUCUUUCUCCGUUUUGUGACCAUGUCUGGAAUGAGAAUCGUCUUCGGUCUUCUCACCCUCGUCACUAUUGGAAUGAUAAUUGGUGCUUUGUUUCAAUUGGCUUUUAUACGACGGUUGGAAGAGGCAUCUGUUUCAGGCAUAUCACAUUGGGUGGAUGACAAAGAUGCAGAAGUUUUACGUCUUGGAUUUGUCAAACCUGAAGUAAUCAGUUGGUCACCACGAAUAAUUGUUCUUCACAAUUUUUUGAGUAUGGAGGAAUGUGAUUAUCUCAGAGGAAUUGCCCUUCCCCGCCUUCAUAUUUCAACUGUGGUGGACACAAAAACUGGGAAGGGAAUUAAGAGUGAUGUUAGAACAAGUUCUGGUAUGUUUUUGAGUCCUGAGGAGAAGAAGUAUCCAAUCAUACAGGCCAUCGAAAAACGAAUUUCUGUCUAUUCACAAGUACCAAUUGAAAAUGGAGAACUCAUUCAAGUUUUGAGGUAUGAAAAGAAUCAGUUUUACAAGCCACAUCAUGACUACUUCUCUGAUACUUUUAAUGUGAAGCGUGGAGGCCAACGAGUAGCAACGAUGCUCAUGUAUUUGAGUGAUAAUGUUGAGGGUGGAGAGACAUAUUUUCCCAUGGCUGGAUCAGGGGAAUGCACAUGUGGCGGGAAGAUUCUAAAAGGGAUGUCUGUAAAACCAGUCAAAGGAAAUGCAGUGCUAUUCUGGAGCAUGGGGCUAGAUGGACAGUCAGAUCCAAAUAGUAUACAUGGAGGAUGUGAAGUGUUGUCAGGAGAGAAGUGGUCUGCUACAAAAUGGAUGAGACAGAGAAUUGCUUCUUGAUUCUUUGUCAAGUGAGCUGUCCUUCCCCCUUCCUUUCCCUGGAAAAGAGAAUAAAGAAAAGAAAGAAGAGAAAGUAUACGUAUAGCUUUUUGCUUUACGAUUGGUUAUUUUGUAUGCCGGUCCAGCUCUGAGAAUUGUUUCAUGUGAAGCACAUAAUUCAAUUGAAUAUUAUAGCUUUCUAGCUUUAGAUUAUUAGUGUUACAAUUUAGUAACUUGAGCCAAUGUUAAGGUGAAGAUGGUGAAUUUUCA